AUGCAACGAAGCAACGUGCCUACGCGUGAUCGACGAAAAGAUUAUGCCGAGGAGGAUCGCAGCCUCCGCGCCAUUCAAGAGAUGAUCCCUGCCUUGGCUGAAGGACAAGUAAGCGGAAAUGAGGGUCCAGUGGAUGCGACCCAACCUAUUUUCACGGUCCCCUUCCAGAGAAACCCAUACUUCGUCCCGCGACACGACAUUCUCUCCCAGAUUGAGACUGCCGUGUAUGAAAGAGGCACUGUCGUGCUAUGUGGCCCCAGCGGUACGGGGAAAUCUCAAAUUGCGAUCGAGUAUGCUUACCGGUUUCGAGACAGAUUCCUACGGGCAAAUGUGCUCUGGAUAUAUGCCGCAAAUGAUAAUCAGAUUCUUCGAACGUAUGGACUUCUUACUCAGAGAUGUAGGUUACCGGCUCUUGAGACCUGCCCACUGAACAUCUCACAAAUAUUGGACAAUUGGAUUCAACGUGAGGAUGCGACAUCAGACCACGAACCAUGGCUAAUGAUUUGGGACGACUUACUCCUCGGCCCAGGAGCCGAGGAGAGCUGUAGGGGGAAACGACCUCUAGUUGAAAGAUCAGCUCAGGCAUUGGCCAGUUUCCACAAGCUCUUAGAUCGCUCGACAAGUCGACAUGGAGCGCUGAUGGUGACAGCCCGCAGUCUAGAAGGUUGGACUUCCAUAGACUCGGACAAAACGCAUGUGAAAGUAGGCUCGUUCUCGAGAGAACAGUCCCAGCAACUCUUGCGCGUCAGGCGGCCAGAUACAUGGAGCGAACCUCAAUCCAGCGAAGUCAUCAGGUUCUCGCUCAACUCUCUCGAUGACGUUCCACUCGCCAUUACCUACACCAUUGCAGCCAUUCCCAGAUAUGGAGGCCUGUUGGUCACAGAGGCCGUUGAUGCCAUCCAAGAACGAGACGAAUUUGGUGAAGAGUCCGUUGACGCGGAGCUACAGAUGCUUUACCAUCCACGUUCUUGGCCCCGGUCAACGCUCAAAGCGUGGAAUGCGGCGUUUCGGCUUCUUCGUGGCCACGACCGACAAGCUGUGGAUCUACUGUCCGUGAUAUCACUUCUCGACAGUCAACACAUUCCUAUCUUCCUCCUCGCAACUGCCGAAGCCCGAAGGGCAAGCGUCGUCGAGGCCAUUGCUGCCAUGUUGCGAUAUUCCUUGAUCGUGGUGGAGAGAGAACCUGGUUUCUUGUCCGUGCACCCGUUGAUUCAGGUGUUCGUGCGGUGCUGGCUCAAGAAGAAAGGCUGUUUCCUGACUACGGCUCGAAGAACGUUACGAUCAACGGCUUCGCUUUUUACGGAAGGUGACACGAAGACUACCGAGAAACUUACACAACUUAUCCCGCACACCAAAACCGUACUACAGCAUAACCUCGGAGUCGAAGAAAGUGCUGAUUGUGCGGAUCUCUUACACUAUAUUGCUCAUUACGAAUGGAAUCUAGGCAACACCGUCGAGGCCUAUAAAUACGCAUUUCAUGCCUGCGAUUUCAGGAGGAGACUUCUAGGUGAGGAAGCAGAUGAGACUCUCGCGUCUUCAUCCUUGAUGGCGGUGCUGCUCCGAUCCCUUGGUUGA